AUGUCUAAUUCCCAUAUGCUCACUAAUCAAGUCCGUCACAGCCUGCCUGACGACCCGAUGGACUUUGCAGAUGCAGACAACAUGUCCAUGGACAUCCCGCCGCAGAGUCCACCUUGGGUCGCUGCGUCACCUACCAUUUCCCAACCUCCAGCCACUAUGUCGAACACCACGCACACCAUGUGCUCUCAGCGCAAACGCAAGCCAGCUCGCAUCCGCGCCACCCCAAUCGCCUAUAGCGAUGAUGAAGAGCCGAUCACGGAGCAGUCCCUCGGGCUCUACGAUGGCUCAGACAGCGAUGAGGAUACCCAUAACAAUCCUCUCUUGCAUACACAGAUUGUCAGCAAUGAUGGCGAGGCUGUUGACGCUCCCCCCAGUCUCAAUCGGCAACCACAAGGUACUUUGCCUGCCAAUGCCAGUAUCUUCCAUUCCCACCCCUGA